UAUUGAUAUCUGAUGCAAUACCCAGAAAAGUUUCUUUGAGGCUGAAUAUCCUGCUUCUUGUUGGAUUUUGGGAAAUUCAAUUUUGAUUACCCGGAUAAAAAGCCAUCAAGUUUUUAGCUCUCAAAGUCAAUAUAUUUUAUCAAUUGGUGAGUUAUCGAAUAAUCUGAACAGGGACAAGAAGCAGACAUGGCGGAGAAUGCAGAAGUUGAUGAGCGUGUGGAUCUUGAUGACAAUUACAUGGAGGAAGAGGAUGAUGAUGUUGAAGAACAUGUAGAGGAGGACGGAGUGGAAAGUGGCGGCGAUGAAAAUGGGGAACAAAAUGACGAAGAGGAGUAUGAGGACUCAAUAUCUGAGGCGGAUGGAAAAGAUCAAUCAUUGGAUGUAGAAAGAAGCCACAUUGAAAUGGAACAUGGGGAAGAUGAAGAAAACCCCAUGGCUUCUAUUAGUGAAGAAGAAAAGGAGAAGUGGGCUCAACUUCUUGCCUUGCCUCCUAAUGGCUCUGAGAUUUUCAUUGGAGGGCUUCCGAAGGAUACCUCAGAAGAAUACUUGAGGGAACUUUGUGAACCGAUAGGAGAAAUUGUUGAGAUACGGUUGAUUAAAGAUAAGGAAUCUGGUGAAAGCAAGGGUUACACAUUUGUGGCAUUUAAAACAAAAGAGGCUGCUGAAAAGGCUGUUGAAGAGCUGCACAGUAAAGAGUUCAGGGGUAAAACUAUAAGGUGUUCUUUCUCUGAAACUAAGACCAGAUUAUUUAUCGGUAAUGUUCCCAAGGACUUGACUGAGGAUGAGUUCAGAAAAGCCGUUGAGAGUGCUGGUCCUGGAGUUGAAAAUAUAGAAUUAAUAAAGGACCCCCAAAAUUCAAGCCGUAAUCGUGGUUUUGCUUUUGUCUUGUACUAUAACAAUGCAUGCGCUGAUUAUUCAAGGCAGAAAAUGGCAAGUGCAAAUUUUAAGCUGGAUGGCAAUAACCCUACUGUCACCUGGGCUGACCCGAAGAGUACACCUGAAAAUUCUGCUGCUUCUCAGGUGAAAGCACUCUAUGUUAAAAACAUACCCGAUAACACUUCCACGGAGAAACUAAAGGAAGUAUUUCAGCGCCAUGGGGAAGUAACAAAAGUGGUUAUGCCACCUGGCAAGGCCGGUAAGCGGGAUUUUGGGUUUAUACAUUACGCUGAAAGGUCGAGUGCUUUGAAGGCUGUCAAAGAUACAGAGAAGUAUGAAAUAGAUGGCCAAGUCUUGGAGGUUGUCCUUGCCAAACCUCAGGCUGAUAAGAAGACCGAUGCAGCAUACCCUUAUGGUGCCGGGCUUCAUACAAACCAUGUUCAGCAUCCUGGGUAUGGUGGUUUUACUGGAGCUACUACAUAUGGCUCUGCAAGUGCUGGAUUUGGUGCUGCUACUAGUUUUCCGCAGCCAGUGAUAUAUGGAAGAGGGCCGAUGCCAACAAAUAUGGCUAUGGUACCCAUGGUUCUACCAGAUGGCCGAAUAGGAUAUGUCCUCCAACAGCCUGGAGUGCAGAUGCCAGCCCCACGUCCUCGAAGAGGUGAUCGGAGCAAUGGUCCGGGUGGAGCAGCAGGGCGAGGUGGAAAUAGUGGUGGUGCUGAUGGAAACCGCAGUAGAAGGUACAGACCCUAUUAG